AUGCACUACAACGUUCCCUCCCCCAACGAGAUGGUGGUCGACACCGACGACUAUGUCGGUGUCCCCAACGCCCCGGAUAAAGAUUCAGUGACCAUGAUCAGUCCCGAGGGCGGACCCGAGCAGGAGGCGGAUCAGCUACAAGAUCUGCCUCUGGCUAACGACUACGAAGCCAUGAGGGAGAUCGUUCUCCCACCGCUGCUUGACGAACCCAAGAUCCUCGAAGACGCCCACCAUACAUGGACAGUUGAGAACUGGCGAAGCCUUGGCAAACGAGAACAUGGCCCCAUAUUUCACGCUGGUGGCUAUCCAUGGCGCAUCCUCCUGUUCCCCCACGGAAACAAUACUGAUCAGUGCUCGAUUUACUUGGAGCAUGGGUUCGAGCCCGAUGCGAUUCCCGAGAAUUGGAGUUGCUGCGUGCAGUUUGGCUUGGUACUUUGGAACCCUAAUGACCCCAGCCUAUACGUCAACCAUGCCGCGCAUCACCGCUUCACUAAGGAAGAGGGCGACUGGGGAUUUACCCGCUUCGUCGAGAUCAGGAGGAUGUUCAACGUGCCUUGGGAAGGAGACAGCCGCCCGCUGGUCGAGAACGACACCGCCAACAUUACCGCUUACGUCCGCUUCGUUGAGGAUGAGACUGGUGUGCUCUGGCACAACUUCACCAACUACGACUCCAAGAAAGAAACGGGCUACGUUGGCCUCAAGAACCAGGGCGCCACGUGCUACCUCAACUCCCUCCUCCAGUCGCUAUAUUUCACAAACGCUUUCAGAAAGGCCAUCUACGAAAUCCCAACCGAGAAUGAAGAGAAUAUGCAAAACUCUGCCUACGCUCUACAGCGUCUUUUCUACCAACUGCAGACGUCCGAGCAGGCUGUUGGCACGAAUGAAUUGACAAAAUCCUUUGGCUGGGAGACGAGACACAUCUUCGAGCAGCAAGACGUGCAGGAGCUGUCACGAAAACUCAUGGAGCGCAUGGAAGAGAAAAUGAAGGGCACAAAGGCCGAAAAUGUACUCCCGGAGCUCUUCAGUGGCAAGAUCAAAACCUACAUCUCAUGCAUCAAUGUGCCCUACGAAUCGAAGCGCAUUGAGGAUUUCUGGGACAUUCAGCUCAAUGUCAGCGGAAACAAGAACCUCUUGGAAAGCUUCCAGGAUUAUAUCCAAGUCGAGAAAAUGGACGGAGAAAACCAGUAUUUUGCCGGCGACGAGUACAAAUUGCAAGACGCCAACAAGGGCGUCAUUUUCUGCAGUUUCCCCGACGUGUUGAACCUCCAGCUCAAGCGUUUCGAAUACGACAUCCAGAGAGACAUGAUGAUGAAGAUCAAUGACCGCUACGAGUUUCCCGAAGUCUUUGAUGCCUCCCCCUACCUCAUGGAAGAGGCCGACCGCUCAGAGCCUUGGAUCUACCAGCUGCACGGAGUCCUUGUCCACAGUGGCGACCUGAAUGCCGGACACUACUAUGCGUUUAUUAAGCCAUCAAAGGACGGCUGGUUUUAUAAAUACGAUGACGACAAGGUCACAAAGGCCACUCUCAGAGAGGUCUUGGAAGAGAAUUUCGGCGGAGAAUAUCGACCCCCUCACGGCUAUCCCAGGGCACCUCUCCAAAAGAAGGCCCCUAUCAUGCGCCAGAACAGUGCUUACAUGUUGGUGUACAUUCGUCAAUCCCGCCUUGACAAAGUCCUCUGCCCAGUUACCAAGGAAGACACCCCAGCACUCCUCCGGGAACGCUUUGAGGAGGAAAAUGCUCUGAGAGAGGCUCGUCGACGCGAACAAAAGGAAGCGCAUCUGUACAUGAUGGCCAAGGUGAUCACCAAUGAAACGUUUGCCAAGUACGGAGGCACCGACCUUUGUGUCUUUGAUGCCAACCCCGAAGUUGAUCCCGCUGCCCCCAAGCUGUAUCGCAUUCGUCGAGCUACGCCCAUGCACGAGUUUGUCGCCCAGGUAGCUUCCGACAUGGGCCAGGAUCCUUCUCGCGUCAGGUUAUGGCUGAUGGUGAAUCGCCAAAACAAGACAAUUCGACCGGAUCAGCCAAUCAUGGACCUCAGGCCAACUGUCGAAGAGAUCUUUUCUCGUUCCGCCGCACACAGAGACACAAGCUUGCGCGUUUGGGCAGAAGUCGCCAACGAGGUCAACGAAAAUGGCGAGCCAGUCUGGCCAUCAUAUCAAAGCCAGCCAAAUGGCGUCGUCGUAAAGAACGACACCAUACUCUUGCUAUUGAAGCACUUCGACGUGGAAAAGCAAACUCUGGAAGGCGUGGGCCAUAUUUACAUUAGCAAAGAGAAGAAGGUCGACGAGCUGGUUCCCAUGAUUCUUCAGAAGAUGGGCUGGGGCGACAAGCUCUCUUCCGACGAGAAAUUGCUAAUGUGGGAGACUCUCAAAGCUGCCGAGCUUCAAGAUGGUGAUAUCAUUUGCUUCCAACGCACAUCCGACAAGAAGGCGGAGAAUGGGCGCGUUGCAGACAAGGCAUCCCAAGAAGCAAACAAAUGGUCGGACCGCGUCGAGGAUGCUCGUGAAUACUAUGACUUCCUUGAACAUAAGCGAACCAUCAAGUUUCACGCUCACCCUACCAGAUCCGACCCCGCACAAUACCCCCCAUUCGAGCUUGUCCUCAACUCAAAGAUCACCUACGACGUCUUGGUUGAGCGCGUUGGCGCUCACCUUCAAGCUCCCUCAACACAUAUCCGGUUAUGGACGGUUAAUGCAAGCACGAAUAACCCCAAGACUCCCGUAAGACGGGGCACAAAUCCCACACUGCGACAGAUCUUGAGUCCCAUGGGCUCCAAUACGCUGAAUGCGACGCAGAGGAACGAUGCUUUCUACUUUGAGGUGCUGGAGAUGAGCUUGGCUGAGCUUGAUACCAAGAAGAAUAUCAAAGUCACAUGGUUGAGCGAGGGUAUCACAAAAGAGGAACAAUUCGACUUGCUGGUAUCGAAGACUGGGACCAUAGAGGACUUGAUACAAGCAUUGGUCAAGAAGGCCAAGAUUCCAGACGAGGCCGAAGGCGGACGGAUACGGGUCUACGAAACGAGUUCUAACAGAUUCUAUCGGGAACCAGCUCGUGACCAGCCUGUCAUGAACCUCAACGAGUAUACCCAGAUCUUUGCCGAGCGAAUUCCGGAAGAAGAGAAGGCGGCCGAUGAGAACAACUUCAUUCACGUCUUCCACUUCCAGAAUGAAGUCAACAGAGUCCACGGCGUUCCGUUCAAGUUCCUUCUCGUGGAGGGCGAGAAAUUUGCCGACACGAAGAAGAGGCUUGAGAAGAGGACAGGUAUCAAGGGCAAGAGCUUCGAAAAGAUCAAGUUCGCUAUUGCAAGGAGGGCAAACUACUCGAAACCACAAUAUCUGAAUGAUGACGACGAGUUAUGGAACAUAGCCUCCUCUGAAGAUGACUACCUUGGUUUUGACCACCCAGAUAGAACGAGAUCGCUGAGGAACGGCGUUGGGGAUCUUUUCCUUCGUUAG